AAAUACCGCCACAUCUCUGGGUGUCUUAAUAUCCUAACCAUAAAACCAAAUUAUUAUUUAACUUUGUGCCAAAAGGCUAAGCAUUACCUACCCAGUUUCCCGGUUUCUUUAAUCGAUUUUGCCCAUGUGUGUGGAUCCAGAGACUGAUACUAUUUCUUCAAAGUAGUCGCGACCCAAUUCACAACCUUUAUUGCUAAGCCUACCCUUUUCAUAGUUGACCUGGUUUCUAUCAUUCUAUGGUUUGCACCAGUUGAACUCCUAAAGAAUCGCUUUGCUCUGUUUUUUCAGGCUAAAAUUACUUAAUUAUCUAAUCAGUCAGAACUGGCACCAAUAAUAUUCCGUGUUUCCGAAAAAUGUCCUUUGUGCAUUAAUAGAACAGAGAUAAGAGAAGAUUGGAUUGCUGAUUUAAUUAAAAAAUGGAGGGCAUGUAACAUACAAUGAGUGAGGGUCUAAAGAAAUCUUCUUCAAAUGGCUUUGAGAAGGCUUUGAAAACUGAAGAACAGCAAGCAAAGAUUAAUGAGGUGAGAAGGUUGGUGGGGAUAUUGCCAGAGAAGCUGUCCAUUUAUUGUUCUGAUGCAUCAAUCUCUAGACACCUAAGGGCACGAAACUGGAAUGUGAAGAAGGCAACAAAAGUGCUGAAAGAAACCUUAAAAUGGAGAGCAGAAUAUAAACCAGAAGAGAUUCGCUGGGAAGAAGUUGCUCGUGAAGCAGAGACAGGGAAAAUCUAUAGAUCAAAUUAUGUUGACAAGCAUGGGAGAACAGUUCUCGUCAUGAGACCUAGUUGCCAGAACACAAAGUCCACGAAAGGGCAAAUUAGGUACUUGGUGUAUUGCAUGGAGAAUGCCAUUUUAAGUUUACCACCAGAUCAGGAGCAGAUGGUUUGGCUGAUUGAUUUCCAUGGCUUCAAUCUGUCACAUAUUUCAUUGAAGGUGACAAAGGAAACAGCCCACGUUUUACAGGACCAUUAUCCCGAAAGGCUGGGUCUGGCGAUACUGUACAAUCCACCAAAGUUCUUUGAACCAUUUUGGACGGUGGCAAAAGCUUUUCUAGAGCCCAAGACUUACAAGAAAGUCAAGUUUGUUUACUCAGAUGAACUCAACACCAUGAAAAUAAUGGAGGAUUUAUUUGAUAUGGACCAGCUCGAGUCCUCAUUUGGCGGCAAAGACUGUUCAGGUUUUGAUAUCAUUAAGUAUGCUGAGAGGAUGAAGGAGGAUGACAAAAAGAUGCCUUUGUUCUGGACUAGGGGGAUGACUCCUGCAGUGCCACAACCAGCAUUAACAUCUGCUGCUUCCUUGAAUCUCAGCACAGACUCGCAUUCUGAUGCUUCUGAAACCGAUGAAACAGACAGUUCUCAGCUUCGUGGAGUAGAUUCAGAAACGGUAUCCCCCGACGGCAAUGCACCUGUGACUGAGCACAGCAGUAAAGUCUCAGAAAACAUACAUCCAGAUGAAGCUAUAACCCAUGAUGACCAUGCACAUGCCUGACUUUGGUCAAGGUAUGAUAACCUGAUUUCUGACUCAUCAUUUUAGUGAGACUUGAAACCUCAAAAUUUCAUCAAGUUGUAUGAAUAACAGUCUGGAAAAUCAGCAAACGAUUUUUCCUCGUUGAGUUUCCUAAAUGGCGUUAUCUAUGUAAUGCUCCAUGUUAAAUGCAUGUAUUCUGACUCUUUUUGGCGGUUAAGAACAUGUUCGAGCUUAGAUGAAGAUUAUUCUAAUGCGAUUAGCAACCAGCUGUGCUGGAAAGGAAGGGUCAUAAUCUAUGACUAUUUAUGUCAUAGGCUAUUCUUGAACUCUGUUUUUAUGGCCUGGACCUACAAUUGGUAAUUGCAGUUGGCAUUUCUGUAACCAUGAAAUGGUGGACAUUUCGUUGUCUGCGCAAUUGUUUUUUUCUUGCAAUCCUUAUUUUCCAAGAACAGAUCAACCCUGAAAAUUCAUCUUGAAAGAGAUCAUCUAUUAUUGUUGGUGA